GCCGCCGCCGCCGCCGCCGCAGCAGCAGCAGCCGCCUCCGGCGCCGGCGCCGCCUCCAGCAACUCGAGCGCCAACGCGAGCAGCGCGGGCAGCGGCGGCGGCGGCGGCGUCGGCGGCGGCCCGCCGCCCGACGAGUGGUGGUUCCCGGGCCCGCGCUCGCCCUACACGCCGGCCGAGGCGGUGCUCAUCGCGCUCGUGCUGCUCUGCGUCAUCGUCGGCACCGUCGUGGGCAACGUGCUCGUCUGCGUGGCCGUGUGCCUGGUGCGCAAGCUGCGCCGCCCCUGCAACUACCUGCUCGUCUCGCUGGCCGUCUCCGACCUGUGCGUCGCGCUGCUCGUGAUGCCGAUGGCGCUGCUGUCGGAGAUCUUCGGCGUGUGGAGCUUCGGCCCCGUCGCCUGCGACCUGUGGGUCUCGUUCGACGUGCUCUCGUGCACCGCGUCCAUCCUCAACCUGUGCAUGAUCAGCGUGGACCGCUACUACGCCAUCACGAAGCCGCUCGAGUACGGCGUGCGGCGGACGCCGCGCCGCAUGGUGGCGAGCGUGGCGCUGGUGUGGCUGGGCGCAGCCUGCAUCAGCCUGCCGCCGCUGCUCAUCCUCGGCAACGAGCACGAGGACCCGCACGGCCUGCCGCAGUGCCAGGUGUGCCAGAACUUCGCCUACCAGAUCUACGCCACGCUCGGCUCCUUCUACAUCCCGCUCAGCGUCAUGAUCGUCGUCUACUACAAGAUCUUCCGCGCGGCGCGCAAGAUCGUGCUGGAGGAGCGGCGCGCCCAGUCGCACCUGCGGGCGCACUCCUACCUCGAGAUCAGCGUCGGCAACGGCGGCGGCCCGCCGGAGACC